CUGGUUCUAAAUAGCAGUCCCUUUGUAACACCCAGAGUGAAGCCACAAUUGAAAAGACUGGUUACCAUAUAGAGAUGUUGAUAAAGAUACUUUUCAUCUGUGUUCUGCUUACACUUGGUCAUGCCAGUGAAAAAAAACAAGGGAAAAGGGGAAAAGGUGAUUCUGCCUGUACCAAAAUAGGAGGCAUAUGUCAACGUACCACAUAUAUAUGUCCAGGAAGAUAUCUGCAGGGUAAAUGUGGAGGGGCGUCUGCACGGCAAUGCUGCUUACAAGAUUCAGGAUCAUGGGACAGCCUGUGCGCUGGUCAUGUUUCCAAUAGAGUGAGAGGCUGCGAUAAAUUUGGCUGUGGAGGAUUCAACGCUAACAGGGGCAGUCGAAUCCAUAGAGGCAUUGACGUGGUGUGUGACGAUUACUCCAUCGUGUAUGCACCUUUCACUGGGACCCUGAGGGGACAGGCCCAGCCCUAUGGGGACGCAAGCACCAUUGACGAUGGUGUUAAACUCUCUAACUCAGCUUACUGUGUGAAGAUCUUCUAUAUCCGCCCCUACCAAUACAGCGGACCAAUCUCGAAAGGCGACAAACUGGGAUAUCUGCUCCCAAUGCAGGAACAAUAUUCGGGUGUGACCUCUCACCUUCAUCUCCAAAUGUGUGACAAGUCUGACCCCACUCCGUACAUUUAAGCAGGCUUGUCGGUUAUUGUGAAUGAACAACACAUUCUAUACCUGUUCUUCAUUCUCUUUCUAGAUGUUAGUUUGCUAUGGCCUUUCAGAACCUUUAAAACAAAAUGCUUCUACUACGAUUAAAGUGAACAUUUUGUAAAUCUUCUGCAAAUUGUCAUUACCUGCCAUAAUAAGCUAUACAUCAAUAAAGGCUUGUUAAUGUAUAAUGUGUCAUUUAAAAAAAAAAAGCUAUUUAUGCAUUUUUAAAGCUACAAAUAAAAAGGGUUAUUCAACAGCAGAUGAUGGGAAGAAUAAACAUCUAUGAAAUAAAAACAUUCUUAGGGUGCCAGUAUACAAACAAAUGAAUAAUCAAAUAACAUGAACACGGUAUGUUUUUUACGCAGCAAUUAUAUAUGUAAUUGUGUAGUUAUAAUGCAACAAGAUGCUUUAUGACAAAAUGUAAAAUGUUGUCAUUUGCUUGCAUCUUUUGUAACUGCCCUGUAUUUCCACGGGUAGUUGUUUUUGCAACCACAUGUGCAAUGAAUUCAGUGACUGCACUGUGUUUUUUUCACCAGCAGAGGGCACUCAAUGCAGCCUCUCAGGAGAUCAUUGAAAGUCUUAAAGGUUUCCCAUUCAUAGGUCUAUGAUUAUACCACAGCUACCCUGAAUUACAAACACAGUUUUAACAUGUGUGAUUAUUCAUGGGUCAAGUUUAGUUCUAAUAACCUUAAUACUUUAGCAUCCACGAAAGGCAAAUAAAAACAAAAUUGAAGAGCAUAUGAUACAGCAUACAUUAAGUCAUUUUAAAGUAAAUAUUAACACGAUUUUCAUUGCAGGUUAAAUAACUGAAAUGCUCAUUAAUGACUUAACAACUUUUACUGCUGCCUUAAUUAACAUACAGCAAAUUAUACAAGUGUCGCAUCUUAAAACCCAUUGACAUUUCACACUUUAUUAUCUGAUUUUGACAGUUUGAUAUGUCAAUUACUAUAAAUCAAUCCUAAAUCUAGUGCCCGCCUCUGUAAUUAUGGAGGCUGAGCGUUAGUCUGUAUUUAGAAAAGUACCUUGUUUUAAAAUAA